AUCUUAUUGGUUCCCUUUCGUCUUUGGCUCAGAGUGCGCAUGCGUGAUCAUUAAACAGCGUUCUGUCUCUGAAAGACGCUAGUACUCGGGAGCGUCAGCAUCAGGCAUGACUGACCAAAGAAACGGUGGACACACGCGUCCCACGUUUGCCUUCAUCGACGAACCAACCCCGAGUACAAGCCGGGAAGGCGGCGAGGACGCCUCGGGCACUUCGGACGAAUACACUACAUGUCUUCGGCUCUACCUGGAAGCAGAGAGUGAAAAGCCAAUACGCAUGCCUGAUCUUACGAUUUGUGACGGAUACAUCAAUGACGCGUGGAAGGCGUUGAACAGCCGGACCGAUGGUACUGAUGUCAAUGAUGCCAGUGACAGCGGAAGCACCAAUUACGCGCCUGUAGUGACCACCGGCGGGGCCGAUCACGCCUGGCCUAGUACGAGUCGUGCUGGCAUUGAGAAAGUAUCGUCCACUACGAAAGACAUGGCAAGCUCUGAUGACGCCUGGCGUUACCAGUUGAACACGGAGCGCAGGCCGAUAACCGACCAGAUUUACAAGCUCGACGGAAUGCUCCUGGAACCGGAGGAAGGGAACAGCGAGAGAUGCGUGGUGUCUGUGGCAAGGUUUCCAGUAGACCGGAUGCCUUACACGGGCACGCAAAGGAACACACGGAUGACACAGCCCAGAUUUGUAAAGCCUGUGAUCAAUCGUCUGUGAAGAUGUCUAAGUCUGUAGAACAUUUCCGCAAC